AUGGCAGAUCUACGGCUGCAACAACCAUUUACUAAAAUCAUUGCCAAGAAUGGAAACUCCAUCAGAUUCAUCACAUUCAACGUUAACGGUAUCAAGACAGUAUUCAACUACCAUCCAUGGAACAAAAUCAACAAUGAUUUCAACACAAUGUUUGAUUUACUCGAAGCUGACAUUAUUACCCUACAAGAAUUGAAACUAACUGAACAAUCACUAACCACUUUGAAAAACAUUGGUCAUUUGCAAAGUUACAAAUCAUUCAUAAGUCUACCGACAAGGAAAAAAGGGUAUAGUGGCGUAGGUCUUUUUGUUAGAAUUCCUCAAACACCAUUACAAAAGCGAUACCUUACUGUGACCAAAGCCGAAGAAGGUCUUACUGGUUGGCUUUGUGAUAAGACCGGGAACCCAUAUCGAUCACAAGAUGACAAUAUUGGUGGAUACACCGAUAUCAAUGAGCAACAAGGGCUUCAUAUAGAUAGUGAAGGAAGAUGCGUUGUUGUUGAAUUGGCGAGUAAUUGUGUUGUGUUUGCAUUGUACUGUCCAGCAAAUUCACUGGGUACAGAUGAAGGUGAAGAAUUUCGAUUACAAUUUUUGCAACAAUUGAUGAAACGUUGCCAUAAUUUGAAAUUCAACGAGGGGAAAGAUGUCAUUAUAAUGGGCGAUAUUAAUGUAUGUCUUGAUUUGAUUGAUAGUGCUGAAGGAAUUAAUGAACGAAUAAUGGCAAAACAGAUCACCGAUGUAUCAGAUGGAAACCAGUUUGAAGUUGCAAAUUAUGACGAAUGUUGUAAAUUUAAACAAUCAAAACGUGCUCGUGAAUUAAUGAAUGAGUACGUUAUACGAUCCAUGAUUCAAGAAUGUACAUCCCAGACAUUGACAAACCAGUUUCUUUAUGACACUACCCGGUAUAUUCAAGGACGAAGAAGGAAAAUGUACACAGUCUGGAACACAUUGACUAAUUCACGGCAAGUCAACUAUGGAUCAAGAAUAGAUUUAAUCUUGUGUAGCUCACCAGAAAUGGUUAAGCAAGUUUCAAAUGCUGAUAUUUGGCCGUUUAUACUCGGUAGUGAUCAUUGCCCCGUGUUUACUGAUUUUGAUAUUCCAUGGCGACAAGAUUCAUCAUCACUAAUAGCUGACUCAGUAGUUGACAACUGCUAUAAGCUUCAAUUUGAAGCUAAAACUCAUUUCAAGUUGAACAAAAUGAGAGAUAUUUCAACAUUAUUUGGUAAUGCGAAAAAGAGAUCUAUUCAACAGUCAGAUACAGAGACUUCCUCUAGUGUUGAGCCAACACCUCUGAGUAGUAGUAAACUGGCAACGCCAGACUCAUCACAAUUGAAGAAUGAUCUUUACCCACAUUCCACCACUUCAAAAAGACCAAAGUUGGUAUACACCAGUAGGAAAAUAGUUAAAAAGGACGCCAAACCAAAAGCAAUAAAUGAUUAUUUUUCAUAG